AUGGCUAUUACCGCCCCUGGAAAUAAUGACCAACCACACCGAGUCCUCCUCGUCAGUGUACCUCGCACGGCCUCGAAUCUUCUCCUGAAGAUUCUCAAUAUCCGCAGCCAACCAAAUGUCCUCACCAACCCAAAGUGCGGCUACUUCUUCUACGAUGCCUUUAUGUCAGCCAGUAAGGACGGUCGCAUCGACAAGCCGCUAGACCAAUGGCCAGCUGAGGCUAAGAGCGAGACCAAAGCCAUCAUGCAAGAGUGCUUCGACAAAUUAGAAGACUACUCCACCCGAGCCCGCGCCGAGAACAAGAUAAUGUUCGCCAAAGAGCACGCCUUCUGGUUCCAGAACCCGUACUUCUUCACGAACAGGGACGCCGAAACCCCCGAGAAUAUGAAGGAGUUCCGCGUAUCCAUCCCAGAACGCUAUGGGUCCUCGCAGACAUUCUCUGCCAAUAACAAAACCAUCAUGCCGGAUGAAUACCUGCGCACCUGGCAUUUGGCCUUCAUCAUCCGUCACCCGGCACUAGCUUGGCCGUCCAUGUACCGCGCCAUGCAGAAGUUGUCCAAAGCCGGUUUCAUUGAUGACGACGGCAUGAGGGGUGCGUCGGUCACGAAUAUGAGCAUGGAGUGGACGCGGAAGUUGUUCGACUGGUGUCUUGAGCAACCGGAUGAGUCUGUCACACCUUUGGUCAUCGAUGCAAAUGAUGUGAUCCAUAACCCUGGUGCUGUGGUGAAGUUCUGCGAGAAGGCUGGUCUCGACGCCGCGUCUAUGCAGUUUGAGUGGAAUGACUCUGAGAAGAGGUCUGAGAACUGGGCGACUGCGAAUGUGGACCCGGGUAAUCCUGAGGAGCUGGCGUUGCAUAAGACUGCUGCUUCUAUCAUGCUGUCGACUUUGGAGGAGUCGACUGGUGUUGUGAAGGAUAAGGCUCCCGCGUCGGUUGAUAUUGAUGCGGAGGUUGCUAAGUGGCGUGUCGAGUUUGGGGAUGAGGCUGCCGAGAUGCUUGAGAAGGCUACAAGAGAUUCCAUGCCUGAUUAUGAGUAUUUGAAGGCCAACAGGGUUACUGUCUAA